ACACUGACAGCUCUACACCGUCCCAACGCAACCCUCUUGGCCCUCACAUCCCAUCUCUCUCCUCUCUACUAUUACUACUACUACUUCCAUUUUGAUUUUUCUUCAAACCAACCAAAAAAAAAAAAAAAAAAUCACCCCAACAAGAAGAAGUUGUUUGAGCGUCGAGCUUUGAGCUCUUCUUCUUCUUCUUCUUCUUCUCUCUAAAUCCAAAAGAACAGGAAAAAGAAGAAGAAGAAGAUCUUUAUCUAGUAAAUCCAGUUUUUUUUUUUGGAGUUUAAGAAAUGUCGGGCUACGUGGGCAUUCUGGUUUCAGAUCCGUGGCUUCAAAACCAGUUCACGCAAGUCGAGCUUCGCAGCUUAAAGUCCCACUUCACCACCAUGAGGAGAGAGAGUGGAAGGCUUACCGUGGGAGACCUGGCUUCAAGAAUGUCAAACUUGAAAGUCGUUGGAGAGAAUCUGACCGAGGAAGAGAGAGCUUCUUUUAUCCAGAACUUUCACCACAAACUCGACGACGACGUCGAUUUCGAGUUCUUCCUCAGGGUUUAUUUGAAUCUCAAUGCUCACGCGAGUGCUAGAACCGGAAGCGCUGCGAAAAACUCAUCGGCAUUUCUCAAGGCUGCGACGACAACGUUGCUUCACACGAUCAGCGAAUCCGAGAAGGCCUCAUAUGUCGCCCACAUCAAUAACUACCUCGCAGGAGAUGACUUCUUGAAGAAAUACCUUCCAAUUGAUGCUUCCACCAAUGAUCUGUUCGAGAUCACGAAAGACGGAGUACUUUUAUGUAAGUUAAUCAAUGUGGCUGUUCCUGGAACGAUUGAUGAACGAGCUAUUAAUACUAAGAGAGUGCUUAAUCCAUGGGAAAGAAAUGAAAACCAUACACUUUGCCUCAACUCUGCCAAGGCUAUUGGAUGCACCGUAGUCAACAUAGGGACUCAGGAUUUCAUUGAAGGAAGACGUCAUCUGGUGCUUGGAUUGAUUUCUCAGAUAAUCAAGAUACAAUUACUGGCCGACCUCAACUUGAAAAAAACACCUCAGUUGGUAGAGUUGGUUGAUGAUAGCAAGGAUGUUGAAGAGUUAAUGAGUCUUCCACCAGAGAAGAUAUUACUGAGGUGGAUGAAUUUUCAGCUGAAGAAAUCAGGAUACAGAAAGAUAGUCACAAACUUCUCCUCUGAUGUAAAGGACGCGGAGGCUUACGCUCACCUCUUAAAUGUUCUUGCACCUGAGCACAGUAAACCAUCUGCCUUGGCCGCAAAGGAUCCUUUAGAAAGAGCAAAAUUAGUUCUUGCACAUGCUGAAAGAAUGGGAUGCAAGAGAUACCUAACUGCAAAAGAUAUCGUCGAAGGCUCUCCGAAUCUGAAUCUUGCGUUUGUUGCACAUAUUUUCCAGCAUAGGAAUGGGCUCUCAACCCAAACAAAGCAGAUAUCUUUCCUUGAUACUUCGCCUGAUGACACACAAAUCUCUAGAGAAGAGAGAGCCUUUCGCUUUUGGAUGAACAGUCUGGGAAAUUCAACAUAUAUUAACAAUGUCUUUGAAGACCUUAGAAAUGGGUGGGUGCUCCUCGAGACACUAGACAAGGUUUCGCCGGGGAUCGUGAAUUGGAAGAUCGCAAACAAGCCUCCUAUUAAAAUGCCAUUCAGAAAAGUAGAAAACUGUAAUCAAGUUGUGAAAAUAGGGAAACAAUUGAAGUUUUCCCUAGUAAAUAUUGCCGGAAAUGAUAUUGUGCAGGGGAACAAAAAGUUGAUACUUGCUUAUUUAUGGCAAUUGAUGCGUUACAACAUCCUCCAAUUGCUAAAAAACUUGAGAUUUCACUCUCAUGGGAAGGAAAUUACUGAUGCUGAUAUUCUAGAAUGGGCCAACACCAAAGUCAGCAACUCGGGAAGCCAAAGUCGCAUGGACAGUUUUAGGGACAAGAGUUUGUCAGACGGCAUUUUUUUCCUAGAGCUACUAAGUGCUGUGCAGCAUAGAGCUGUAAAUUGGAGUCUUGUCACCAAAGGGGUGACUGAUGAGGAGAAAAAGAUGAACGCCUCAUACAUAAUCAGCAUUGCGCGGAAGCUCGGAUGUUCGAUCUUUUUGUUGCCCGAAGACGUAACUGAGGUGAACCAAAAAAUGAUCCUUACAUUGACUGCAAGCAUCAUGUUCUGGUUCUUGAAACAACCGGUUGAGGACAGACCCUCCGGGAUAUCGGAUAGCGAGGCGUCUAGCCAUUUGGAGACCAUCUCAAAUUCAACAAUGGACGACUCUUCCUCUGAAUCAUCAAUGGACGAGAAUGGACAUCUAUAAUGCGUAUAUAUUUGUGAUGUGCAUGUAUGGUACUGUUUUAGAGCUUUUGCUAUAUAAGUUGCUUGUCUCAAGCCUCGUAUGGUUUUUAUUUUUUUUGGAAAAUUUGAUUGUGAAAUCAGUGUAUGAAAUAGCAGGAAUUCAAGUAUUUCGAAAGAAAAUUUUGUUGGAAAAAA